CCCCCCCCCCCCAUCGCAGACUGCAGCUUUCUUUGAUAUAAGGUCAAUCAUUAUCAAUACUUCGUCGGCUUUGUGAAGGAUGGUUAGACUUUCCAUUGUUGGACUCCUGUCCUUGGCGGGAAUCGCUGCAGCGGCCACCUCUCCAGAUCAGACCUGUGGAGGUUCCAAUAGUUACACCUGUCCAGGGUCUCAAUGCUGCAGUCAAUACAACUGGUGUGGAACAACUGACGCACACUGCGGAACAGGAUGUCAGUCCAAGUUCGGCAAAUGCACAACAAGCUCUGGCAGCAGCGGGAGCAGCAGCACCAGCACCAACGGCAAGGUCAGCUCGGAUGGUACCUGCGGCGGCACAGCGGGAUACACUUGCAAGGGAAGCACUUUCGGAACCUGCUGUAGCCAGUGGGGAUAUUGUGGUAACACGGAUGCCCAUUGCCUCAACUCCUGCCAGUCAAAGUUUGGUGACUGCAGCUCCGUCACCAACGGCGGCAAGACGGUCAGCCAGGAUGGAACCUGCGGUGGCACGAUUGGAAACACGUGUCGAGGUAGCAACUUCGGUGACUGCUGCAGUCAGUGGGGAUACUGUGGCUCGUCUACCGAUCACUGCAGCACCGGCUGCCAGUCAUCCUUUGGAACCUGCUCUGCUUCCUCAGGCGGAGGGGCUGCAGCCUCUUCUUCAGCAGCGCAACCUGCAUCCACUGGCGUCAAGACAAGUCCAGACAACACUUGUGGUGGCUCCAAUGGCUAUACAUGCCCAUCUGGGUUAUGUUGCUCGAAGAAUGGAUACUGCAACACCGGCGAUGACUUCUGUGGCUUUGGAUGCCAGACCUCUUUUUCACCGGGGACUUGUUCAACCUGCCCUGGCUCAGCAUGCGCUGGUACGGUGACCAGCAACCCAACUUGCUCCGCAAACAACGGCUACUGCUGGACAUUGAGUUCAAAGAAGUUCCAAAUCAUUUGCGGAAGGCUUGCUUCCGGAGACUAUCUUGGAUAUGUUGAUGCCACAAGCUUGGGAGAUUGCAUUUCAAAGUGUGCUGCAAACUCAGCUUGUGUCGCUGCUUCUUUCUACCAGGGCAGCAGCACAAGCUGUAGUUUGCUGGGCAGUUACCAAGGUUCUGCUUAUGGUAACUCGGCUGGUGGCCAGCAGAAUCAUGCUUACGUCCGCGAUCCCAGCUGCGGGUGAAGGCGUGUUGUGAACGUUCUUACGUGCCAGGCGGCUUGGCUAUGGGUCAUAGCCACGGCGACGGAACACGGUCCCUGUAGCACACGGAUUUUUCAAAACACCAUAAGCCUGUACAUUUGAUUCAAUAAAGCCCUGGUACUGACUACUCAAAUACGACGAAGGAUGAAAUAUCAGAAAAGCGUCAUCUCGUCAGCUGCGGAAAUUGACUCUCGAGAGGCCAUGC